GCCUUUAGCCUUUGUGGCGAACACAAGCAGUCAGCUGUUAAACUGCGUGCCGUAAACACGAGCCAGUCUCACCUAAGCAAGCAGCGAGUCAACACAACUCUCCUCCCUUCAUUCGGCAGCAGAUAGCAUAUUAACUACAACUUCCUACUACCAAAGGCCGGCCUCACCUCGCCGACCAGGUUCAGACCACUGAAUCUGAAACCCCCUCUACAUCCAAGCUAAGUGACUCACAGGUUAUAUCCUUUUGCGGGGCCCUACGGGAAGGAAUAAUUAUUGUAAGCGCUUAGCACGGUCAUCAGCCUUCAAAAUAUAAGGCGAGCCGGUGAGAGUGAGUGCGGCCUAAGCGUAUUGCAUUAAGUUAGCAAUAAUCUAUCAAUCAGUUUAUCUGUGUAUCAGUUAGUCAGUCAAGCAAUCAAUUCCUUCUUAUCCAUCUAUCUAUGCAUCACUCUUCAAACAGGCGGCUGGGGAGCCCGUCACACGCUGGUCCUGCUGGCGUGUGUGGGCGUCAUCCUCAUGAGUAUGAUGCGCUAUGGCCUCUCCAUGGCUAUAGUGUCCAUGGUGACGCGACCUGCCGCCGAUCACCACCACCAGUAUUCCACCAAUACCACCGCCACCAAUAUCACCGCCACCCCUUUCCUCACUAACGUAACCACUUUUUCCUCCACUGGCAUGGAUGAUGGUGGUGUGUGCUUCGCUCCUGAUGUUGAUGGUGUUGAUGGUGGUGUUAACGGGACAUUCGACGGUGUAUAUAAUGAUUCGGUUUGAGUGGGACGAGAAGGCACAGGGACACGUGCUGGGAGCCUUUUACUACGGGUACUUCCUUACCAACAUCCUGGGCGGGAGGCUGGCGGAGAGGGUGGGCAGCAAGCCGGUCAUAUUGGUGGGCAUGCUCCUCUCCUCCCUCCUGUCGCUCGUGUCACCACUCGCGGCGCACCUGUCCACCGGCAUGUUCAUAGGUGUGCGCCUCGUACAGGGGUUUGCACAGGAUGAUUUUGCAGGCUCGCUUCUGGACGCGUUCAAGUUGGCGGCGCUGCGUGAUGUUGAUGGAGGAAGACCACGCUGGGGACGUGUAUGUCAGUUUGGGGAGGAUGAACGAGGAGUACACGCUCGCCAGCGCACACUCAGGGGCCCCCAGCGUUUUGAGUCUCCUCAGCAGGGCGUCCUGGUGCCGGCGUUCAAUCGGUGUUUGGUGAUGUGGGUGCCGCCUUAUAAGAGAAGCAAGUACAACACCUUCGUUUUCAUAGGUUCGGAGGUGGGCAUCGUGUUGUCCAUGACGGUGGGCGGCUACUUCUGCUCACAGCCUUCCGUGGGGAGCUGGACGGCUGUGUUCUAUGUGUUCGGCGGGGCGGGGAUGUUGUGGUGUGUUGCAUGGUGGGUGGUGGCGCGCGAGAGUCCCCUGCACCAUAACGGAAUGUCCGCCGAGGAGAAGAAAUACCUGACGGCCCAUUGUGUGGUGCAGCAAGAGCAGGUGAGCGUGGCGUGGGGUCAGGUGUUCAGCAGCCUGCCGUUCUGGUCCCUGGUGGUGAUGCACAUAGGUUACAACUGUGGCUACUACACCUUCGUCAGCGUGCUGCCCGCCUACAUGGCCAACAUACAGCACUUCACGGUCAGGAAUAACGGCAUAGUGUCGGCCCUUCCUUACGUCGCGGAGACCACCUUCGCCCUGCUCUUCUGCGUGGCCGUGGACCGCGCAACAGCAAGCGGCAGGCUGUCUGUGCUGGCCGUGCGGAGGCUCGCCAUGGCUGUGGCCUCGUACAUCCCCGCCGCAGCGCUGGUAGGCAUGUGUCUGGUGGGGUGUGACAGUGUGGCGGCCGUGGGGGUGGUGUGUGUGGCUAUCGGGGCUGGAGGAUCUGCUUUCUGCGGCCUCUUCUCCUCUCAUCAAGAUCUCGCCCCAAACCUGGCCGGGACCUUGCUCGGCGUCACCAACAGUAUUGCCAACGUGAUGGGAUUCCUCGCGCCUGCCCUCGUCGGCGUGAUCACCUUCAGGAAUCAAACAGUGUGGGCGUGGAACACAGUCUUCCUGCUGUCUGCCGCCAUCUACCUGCUUAGCGCCACCUUCUAUAUCACCUGCGUCACGGACAAGGUGCAGCCCUUCAACGACCCCGCCCAGGUCCAAGACGGCCACGUGGAAGAGGUGAAGGUAGAGAAACCAGGUGAAGGGAAGCACGCCAAACAGUUGCCACUACCUGAGGCCUCUUAAGAGGCCUUGCCUUCACCUUGUGGUUGGAGGAGAUGUAGGAAGAGGAGGAAGAAACAAAGGAAGAGGUAAAGGUGGAGGGAGACGAAGUUAAGGUAGCGAAUCCAGGAAGAGGAGGAGGUGAUGGACGUGACGAGUCAUAAGGAAUGCGCAAGGAAGAACGGCUCCCCUCACACGUAUACGUAUGUAUAUUUAAGGUGAAAUAGCUUAGUUUCGUUUGGUCGUAAAACUUGCAUAGCAAAGAAAUUGCGAUUUGAAUUCUAGCUUUCUGUACCCAUUUGUUAUGUCUCUACGUAUUUUAAAUUCAGCAUACUAUAGGCUACAUAACAUCCAUAUAAUUGAAUAUGAUUUAUAUCUAAAUUGAUGCUUGAUCAUUAAACUAUAAAAGUGUUGUUA